GAUUUCAAAGAAGCGAAUGGAAGACGAGAAGACGUGGGUGUGGAACUGCGUCAUCAGAGACUACGGCAUGCUUGGCCGAGUCGAGUGCGCUCGAGAGGCAUUUCUGCAGUGUCCAGCUAGGAACUUCCUGAGCUGGAAGCUCCUUGCUGACGCAUAUGCCCACAAGGGGCAUUACGGGAAAGUGCUAGAGAUUGAAGACAAGAUCCCGGCUGUGAUGUAUCAGCUUGCUCCGCCUCCUCCUUCUCCAGCAUCCAUCUUUGAUGCUGUUUCUCUGUACCAGAAAGGCAAGAGGUGGGCAGCAUGGGAACUUCUUCAAGUGUUUUGCCAUGAGGGAAAUGGAAGGAAGAUUCUUUUUUCGGCAUUGGGCAAAUACAAGACAGUUUCUAUGCUUCUUGUGUUCACUUCCCUCUUGACUUAUGGCGAUGCCCAGCUUUUCAAGCUAAUUCGGACCAUGAUAGAAGGAUCUUCACUGACUGAAGAAAGCCUCAUCCAUCUAGCAUGCUGCCAGGGCAAGAAAGAAGUCAAGCGCCUCGAAGACUAUUAUCACGGCCUUCAUCUGUCGAAGACUCGGGGCGUUCCAGUCACUCGAGGUGUUUCAGGCGUUCCAGUGGAAGCUACGUGAGCUGCGAAGGAACCAGCCACUGAGGGCGUUCCAGUGGAAGCUCCGCCAGCUGCGAAGGAACCAGUCACUCAGGGCGUCGCAGUCACUCAGGGUGUUCCAAUGGAACCAGCCACUCAGGGCGUUCCAAUGGAAGCGCGAGCUGCGCGUGAGCGUCUCGAGGCUUUGUACAUCAAGGCCUCAUUCUGUGUGUUUGGCGAGGAUAUGCAGCUAAAGCUGAAGGCUCUGAAGGCGCUCAGAGCAAUGCGAAUUGCUGGAGCUCACUGUGGGGACUUACUGCUGGAACAAGGAAAUAGCCCAGCAGAUAACUACGCAAAGACACUGGCAAUCCAUGCCAUAUCAGAGGCUGAGCAGCUGAUGGCUCUUGGUGACGUGCCUAAAGAGUGCCGGCCAUUCGUGAACGCUCUCAAGAGUGUCCUUGCAAAGCUGAGAGACGACGUUGUCAUACGCUAGGACCCGGGGCUUGUGAAUGUACAGUUUUUUACGAUGUGACGACAACGUUAUAGUAGGAUUUUAACCUAGUAACCGACAUCCCCGACUCUUCUAUGAUGCUAUGAUGGCUGAGCAUGGUGUCAGUGCCUCUAGCCUACGUUGUAAGUCGCUGACACCAGCUCAGGUGCAUGCGUGGUUAUUAUCGUCUGGACAAGUCUAGCUUUGGGCCGGUCUCACUGUGCCUCUCCAGUUCCCGGCACGGCACUCGUAUGGCAUCAAUAAGCUCGCGUUUCUGACCGGAACAUGUCCUGAGAGAUAUCAAUGUUUCGGUUACGAAAGCUGGGCUGGUGAAGUAGCCACUGCCGGAGGAGAGCUUCAGCGCGGUCACUCCGGAGGGACUUGCCAGUGUUGAAGGGGCGCUUGCCUGGAAAUGCGUUGGUCAGGGCUGGAGUGAUCGGGCUCUCUGUUCAAGGCAGUCCUUGAGAUUUGGAAACAUCUUUUGGCGUCCUCCAGGAGUUGUGUCGUCGAGCUUCGAACGUACGGUGUUCGUGGCAUCUUCACCUCCUCGAGCUCGAUAUCUAGAUGAGGGGCAGCCGCGCGUGGAAGUCCUCAGCGCUGGGAACUCCAAGGAGGCAUGAGCGUGGCAGAACUGGAACGGAUCUAGCACGAUUGGAGCACUCUUUUUCCUUUUCUCUGUUUUGUUCCGGUGCUCCUUACUAUAAUAUAUCUAACGCUUGAAACUAACCAAAACCAAACUAGACCUCA